AUGGAAGACAAGGUUGUCCAUCCGUCAGAGCUACUAGAAUUUGCGAUCUUGCCAGCAAGCGCUCGACAUGAUUAUGAAAGAACAUUGAAAUUCAAUGACACCGCGGGCACUUCCACCCACUCUGUGCGAGGGGAGUCCAUCAUCACUGAAAAUGACUAUCCAAGUCGAGGACUUCAACGGCUGGAAUCAUGGCUUUCAGGCUUUCCAACGAUCAGUACCGCCGCUCUUACAGCGAACCAGGCCGAGCACAGGAUGAAGUUUCGAGCCGCGCUGAGAAUCUACCCGAAAGCCAUCGCCUGGGCGGGUAUGAUAUCUCUUGCCAUAAUUAUGGAAGGUUAUGACACUGCCCUCGUCACAUCUCUCUAUGCUUUCAACGAGUUCCAACAACAGUAUGGAAUUCCGGACCAGAACGGCCAAUCUCAAAUCACGACGAAAUGGCAAGCUUCUCUAAGCAAUGGAUCCACAGUGGGAUCGAUCAUUGGCCUCUUUGCGAAUGGGAUAGUGACGGAAGUCAUUGGAUACCGUCGAACCAUGCUGGGCGCCCUCAUCCUUCUCGGGAUAUUCGUCUUUCUUCCAUUUUUUGCUUUCAAUAUACAGACUCUGUUGGCAGGGCAGUUUCUCUGCGGCCUUCCAUGGGGUGUGUUCUCUACCUUGUCGACAACCUAUGCAGCAGAAGUCAUGCCACUCAGUCUCCGAGGAUACUUGACCAGCAACAUCAAUCUCUGUUGGUUGCUGGGGCAGUUCGCCGCGCUUGGAAUUCUCCGUGGAUUAGCCGGAGUGCGGUCGACCUGGUCUUUCCGGAUACCCUUUGGGCUUCAAUGGGCGUGGAUCUUGAUCAUCAUCGUGCCAACCUGCUUCGCACCAGAAUCGCCUUGGUGGCUGGUGCGGCAUGGUAGAAAGGAGCAGGCGAAGAAGGUGUUGAUGCGAUUGAGGCGUGCUACUUCAGACCGGGAGCUAGACAACACCAUCGCCAUGAUGGAACACACUGACCGAGUGGAGAAAUAUUCAAGUGCAAAGAUUGAGAGGUCAAAGCCCAGCCGGUUCAGCGAUACCUCGUACGCUGCCUGUUUCCGGGGGUCCAACCUGAGGCGAACAGAGAUAGCCUGUAUGAUAUUCAUGACACAGAAUAUGUGUGGGCUGCCUAUCAUCGGCUACGCCGCAUACCUGUACAAACAGAUGGGCUUUGACGAGCGCCGCAGUUUUGAUAUUACUCUUGGUAUGCAGGGUCUCGGGAUUCUCGGCGCGUUUGUGUCCUUGGCCUUGCUCAAAUAUGUCGGACGUCGCCGCACACUCUAUCUCACUGGGCUCGGACUGCUUUUUGUGACGUUGAUCGCAGCAGGGGUAGUAAGCUGUCUUCGUGAGAGUCGAACAACUCUAUGGGUAACAGCUGCCUUGAUGCUGCUGGUCAUUUUCAUCUUCGACUCCACAGUUGGCCCGGUCACGUAUUGCCUUGUUGCAGAGCUCCCAUCUAACCGUCUUCGAGUCAAGACUGUCGUUCUGGCUCGUGUUGCAUACAACAUCAAUUCCAUAGUUACCAAUGUUCUUAUUCAACGGAUGCUGAACCCGUCAGCAUGGAAUUGGAGGGGCAAGGCCUGCUUUUUCUGUGCUCUUCUCAAUUGCCUAUGUUUUGUGUACUGCUUUUUCAGGUUACCCGAGACUCGAGGUUUCAACUUUCACGAACUUGAUAUUCUGUUCGAGAAAGGAGCCGAUGCGCGGAAAUUUGCAACAUUUCAGGGGAUUUUGGAGAGAAGUGGCUACUACAGUUUGAUUGAAGAGGACUCGGCCUGA